GAUGUGACGUCAUGUCACCGGGCGUUCCUUCAGCUCGGAAUUACGUCACGCGAGUGGAAGUGUGGCGAGGCUUCCUUUCUCGCAAUGGCGGCCAUUCGCAGCGCGGCGCUGAGAUUCGUGGAUAUUGGGGUGAACCUAACAGACCCCAUGUUCAGAGGCAUCUACAAAGGCCAGCAGAAACACAAAGACGACUUUGACGAUGUCAUCCGCAGAGCGGUGGAUGCAGGCGUUGAGAAGUUCAUCAUCACGGGAGGCAGUUUGAGCGACAGUGAGGAGGCGCUGGCGCUGGCUCACACCUCAGAUCGCUUCCUCUGCACCGUGGGCUGCCACCCGACUCGCUGCGCCGAGUUCGAGGCAGAGUCUGAGACCUACGGAGAGCGCCUCCUGGCGCUGGCACGGAGCGGAGCCCCCAAGGUGACGGCGGUCGGGGAGUGUGGGCUGGACUACGACCGGCUCCAGUUUUGUGCCAAAGAGACGCAGCUCAAGUUCUUUGAGAAGCAGUUUGAGGUGGCAGAGGAAACUCGGCUCCCCAUGUUCCUGCACUGCAGGAACUCACACAGCGACUUCCUCGACAUCGUGAGGAGGAACAGGGAUCGCUUCACGGGUGGCGUGGUCCACUCGUUUGAUGGGAGCAAGGAAGAGGCAGCGGCUAUCGUGGAGCAGGGCCUGUUCAUCGGCAUCAAUGGCUGUUCACUGAAGACGCGCGAGAAUCUGGACGCCAUCAAAAGCAUCCCGGCUGAGCGCCUUCUCAUAGAGACAGAUGCGCCGUGGUGCUCCGUGCGCCCCCUCCACGCUGGGUUCCCCUUCGUCUCCACUCACUUCCCCUGCAGCAAGAAGUGGGAGGAGGGGAGGGCGCUGAAAGGGAGACACGAGCCCUGCUUCAUCGUUCAAGUGCUAGAAAUCAUCGCAGCCGUUCGCGACGAGGAUCCAUCAGAGCUUGCAGCAACGAUCUACAACAACUCCACUCAGCUGUUCCGUCUCUAGCCUCAUGAAUAUCCAUCUACAGCAACUCCGCUCAACUCUUCCAUCUCCUCCUCGCUCCAUCUCCCCCUCGCUCCAUCUCCCCCUCGCUCCAUCUCCCCCUCGCUCCAUCUCCCCCUCACCCAUCU